AUGCACCUCACUGGCCUGGGAUAUCCCCAGGAGAAGCUGCCGUUGGAUCGUGUACUUGACGUCGGCUGCGGCAGUGGACAGAACACCCGCUGUCUGGCACCCCAUUUCCGUUCCGUACUAGCUACGGACAUAAGCCCAGCACAGAUCAAAGAGGCGACCGCGAGAAACACCUUCGCGAAUAUCGAAUACCGGGUAGCUGCCGCCGAGGAGAUCCCCAUGCCCGCCGAGUCCGUGCAGCUGGUCACCGCCUGCACAUGCUGUCACUAUUUUGACAUGCCCCGCUUCUUCGCGGAGGCAGACCGCGUGCUAGCGCCAGCCGGAAUUCUUGGCAUCUACAGCGUCAGGACGCCGAAGGUCUACCGCAACGGCAUGUUCUCGACUGAGCUCAAUCACGUUUUGAUGCAGGCUUUUGAGGCUAUUGGUAAUGACUGGGGCCGCGUCUGGAAAGACGUGGAGGACCGGUACGGCGACCCACGCUUCCGGCUCCCCUACCCGGGCGAGGUCAGGGACGAGAGUCACGACCAGGAGCAGACGCUGACGCUGGACGGCCUGCUGGGCUUCAUCGGAAGCCUUGGCUCCUUCCAGAAAAUGAUGGCCCGCUGCGGCGCCGAGCGAGGCGAGGCCUUGCUGCAGCUGACAAGGGAACGGUUCCAAUCGGUGCUUUCCAACGGCAAGCCGGAGGUCGAUACUAGCGACAUCGGCAUCACCCUCCGUCACCCCUACUUCCUGCUGAUGGCGCGGAAGCCCGUUUCGCGCUGA